CUUUGUCUUAUCUUUCACUCGCUCUCUCUCUCUCUCCAUCCAUCUUUGCAACGGCUCUCUCUGUCGUCAUUUCAAUUCAAACUCUGCUCAUCUCUUCUCACUUUUUUAAAAAGACGACUCUUGCUGCUUCGACACUACUUCUUUUAGUUCACUACCCAAAUCCCUAAUCUCAAAUGCCAAAAACUCCCAGUCUCAAAUCUGUUUUGAGCUUCGCUGAUCUUACCCAUUCCGCAAAAACCCCAAAUCUUCUCCUUUGUUUUGCUUGUCUGGUUUAAUUAAAUCUCAUUUUUGUGUUUUGCCUCCCCUUUCUCCGUCGAUUGUGAGAUUAAAGUGGAGAGCUUUGGUCGAUUGUUAGGGCAAGAUCUUCUAGCGCCAAAAAGUUUCCGAUUUGGCUCGAUCCAAUUUGCAAAAGUAACACAUCUGGGUUCUCAUUUCUCUGAAUUUUGGUAAUCUUCGACUUCUAGACAGGGUUUCUGCAAAUUAUACUUGAUGAAUGGAUCCUUUUAAGUAAAAACAAAAUGAGAUCUUUGGCAUCCUAAGAGAUAGGUGGAACUAAGAUGGACGUUGUUGAGAGAAAAAGGCCAAGAGGAGCGUUUCUAAAUCUGUUUGAUUGGCAUGGAAAAUCCAGGAAGAAGCUUUUCUCAUCCAAUACCUCCCAACUCUCUGAAGAAUCUAGGCAAGCAAAAGAGAAUGUUCAGAACCCCUCUAUUACGCCGCAGUCUGUUUUUGAGGUCGAUCAGACUGUCAAGAACUCAACUUACAACCCGAGAAGUGACUCGAGCUGUUGUGCUUCAUCUGUAACUAGUGAUGAUGGAAAUGUGGUUAGAGCACCGAGUGUGGUGGCGAGGCUUAUGGGAUUGGAGGGUUUACCGCUACCAAAUGUUUUGGAACCGCGGCUUAAUCCUGAUCUUGAUCCAUACUUCCUCAGAUCCUCACGCCAGGCAAGUACUUGGGAUGCUAAUGUUGAUCAUCUGAGUGAAUUCGAUGGCGUCUCUUGCGAUCAUUUGGAUUCAAGAACGAGUAAAGGGCCACGUAAGCGGAUGAUUGAGCGGUUUCAAACCGAAACCUUACCCCCUAGAUCAGCUAAACCGAUCUCCGUCACUCACAAUAAGCUAUUGUCUCCAAUAAGGAAUCCUGGAUUUGUUCCAUCUAGGAACCCUGCCUAUGUAAUGGAAGCUGCUUCAAGAAUGAUUGAGCAAAGUCCACGGAUGAUUGCAAGAACACGGGUGGUGUCAUCGUCUGAUUCUUCUUCGCCAGUUCCAUUGAGGAUUCGAGAUUUGAAAGAGAAACUAGAAGCUGCACAGAAAGCAUCAACUUCAGUUCCUCAAAUCUAUAAUGAUGCUCGCAACAGUAGGUACCUAAGAGGAGAUCAAAACGAGAAGAAAACUACAGUAUUGGCAACAAGCAGUUGUGAUGGGUUGAAAGGUGAAGUGAAGCCACCUUCUUUCUCUGCGCAAGCAAAGGCCAGAAGUAAUCAGAAGCAAGACAGCUCAACAACGUCCUCCAGUGGCAACAAGAGGAUGUCUUCGGGACAAAAGGAGAAAGCGGAAGCAAAGAACAGGGCAGUUAAAAGCCAAAACAGUAUCAAAGGAUCUUCCUUGAGCACAGGGAAGAAUGUGCUUCAGCAGAACUACCAGAAGCAGAACUGCAGGGACAAUCAGCAAUCCAGAAAAGUAAUGAACAAAGUAGUAAAUAAGGUAAUUGUAGAAAGUGGAUCUAUAUCAAAGAGCCCUGGAUUUACUAUGGCAUCAGCAGAAAAAACCACUUCCUUACCUUUAUCCCGCAAAAAGAGUCUUCCUCGAAACAAAAAACCGCGGAAUGGGGUGCAAGAAUCAGGAAUUUAUGAAGAUAAGCGGAUCAAAAGGGGUGAAAAGUCGAUAAAAUGUAACAUUUCCAGUGAUGGCGACUCAAGUAUGAGUAAAGAUGAUCAGAAAAAGGACAUGGAUGUGAUAUCUUUUACUUUCUCAUCUUCAAUCAAAGGUUUAUCAUCUCAUUUACAAGGACCCAAACAAGAUGCAGACUCUGCUGUAAAGUUCAAUGUGAUAGGCGGUGAUUCUUUAAAUGCGCUUUUGGAGCAAAAACUCAGGGAGUUGACCUCAAAGAUUGAAUCAUCUAGCUCUAGCUUGAUCCAAGAAGAGUCUUUGAGUUCCAUUUCAAAGGAUAGAGCCAAUGGAAUGAUUUCCUCGCCAUCAAAAUAUAGUGAAUUGACUGAUAACAGUCUUGAUAGAGUUUUAACAGAGAGUGAAACUGUUUCUGACGGCACUUCAUUCUAUAACAACCAGAAAGUCCAGAAGAAGAUGAUGAUACAAGGAGAAGAACAAGAAGUUAGCAGCAUCACCACUCUUACAGAAGCCGAUGAUUUUGCACCAUCCUUCAGCAAGAGUAACUCAGAUUGCAGACAUGACAGAGAAUAUGGCAUGAAACAGAGUUCAUCAGAUCAAGAGCUCACUUGGGUUUCAUCAAACGAGUCCCAGUACACCUUAGAUGAAACAGAUUCAGCAACACCGGAAUGGGAGAUCGAGUACAUAACCGAGAUACUCAACUCUGGGCAGCUCAUGUUUCAAGACUUGGCCUCAGGGACAGCCACUAAUGAAUCAUUAUUACCCUCGAGCCUCUUUGAUGAAAUGGAAUGCUCUAGAGGAGCUGCAAUGUCAAUGAAGACAGAAAGAAAGGCGCUUUUCGACUGUGUGAAUCAGUGCUUAGCAGUAAAAUUUGAAAGGAUGUUAAUUGGAAGCUGCAAAGGGAUGAUGAUGUCAGGUGGGAUUUUGUUGGAACAUAGAGGUCUAUUGGCUGAAGAACUGAACAGAGAAGUAAAAGGGUUGAAGAAGAUGAGAGAGAUGAUGAUCGACGAGCUUGUGGAUCAUGACAUGAGCUGUUUCGAAGGGAGGUGGAUUGGUUACGAAAGAGAGAUGUUUGAGGAAGGCAUUGACAUGGAAGGAGAGAUUGUCUCUGCGUUAGUUGAUGAUUUAGUUAGUGAUCUUUUCUCUAAUAGUGUUUCUAAACGGUCGUUGUAACUUGUAUUUUCUUUUUAAGAAGCUUCUUCUGAUUCUGAAAUUGUCUGAACAAAACAAGUUAUCUGAAUAUACGGUGUUGAUUAGAAUUGGUA